AUGGUUGAGUACGAUACGGUUAAACAAAAGGCCAAAGCCGACCCCUAUCUCCGUAACCUCGAUGGAAAGACACCUCUUGAUUUUGCCGAGGGUCCGACAGCGCAAGUGUUGGUGGGAGAUUUUCGAAAGACCGAACUUCUGGAGGCUGCACGGACAGGAAAGGAAGACAAACUGGUAUCGCUGCUAACACCACAAAAUGUCAAUUGUCAUGCGGAUGAUGGGCGGAAGUCCACUCCUCUCCACCUCGCCGCGGGGUACAAUAGAACUCGGAUCGUGCAGAUCCUGUUAGCUGCAGGUGCGGACGUUCGGGCUAAGGACAAGGGCGGUCUCAUUCCCUUACACAACGCUUGUUCCUAUGGUCACUUGGAGGUUUGUGAGAUGCUCAUUUCUGCCGCUACUGCUGCUGUUGCUGGUGGUGGUAGUGGUAGUGGUGGUGGCGGUGGUGGAUCUCCAACUGUUCCUGGUGAAUCUCUUACCCAACAAGUUCAUGCUGCUGAUCUAUGGCACUACACUCCACUUCACGAGGCAGCAAGCAAGGCGAGAGCAGAAGUUUGUUCUCUCCUAUUGGCUCAUGGAGCAGAUCCCUAUCAGCCAAACAUUCAUGGCAAGACGGCAUUGGAUUUGGCGCCUUCUAGAGAGCUGAAGCAGAGAAUUGUGUAUGAACGGAGGGGUGAGUGGAGAGUAAACCUUCCUCUUUUGUGUUCAUCAUUUCCUCACAACAAUGCGCGACUGUAUUCAUCCUUAGUAUUACUUCGAGAAGUUUAUAACUUAAGAAGGUCAUUUCUCUCGUUUGUGCGCCAUCAACUCAUUUGUCCACCCAUACUUUGA